AUGGAUCCUUACUUCGAACAGAGACUCAGAGAUGAAGUCAUCUACCUCCACUCUCUCUGGCACCAAGGGCCCCCCACCUCCUCUAACCCUAACACUAACCCUACAAUCAACAACCCCAACCCCAAUUCAUAUCCCAAUCCCACCAACACGUCAAACAGGAAGAGAAACAGAAAGGCAAGAAAUGAAAGAGAAAGGCCCAACAAGAAGAAGCCCUCGCAACCCGACCCGCCUCCACAUUCGGGCCCUCCUUGGCCCUGCCCGACCCCGAUCCAUGACUCCACUCCCGGUGCAUCAUUACCGUGGCCCACGAAGCCCAAUUCGGCUCCGGCAACCCACCGUCCAUCGCCAGAAGAACAAGCGAAACUCGCCGCGCUGAAACUACAACACAAUGCCUUGGACGCUUGCCGUGGAUUGUUUUUGGGCAAUGCCGGGUCGGAUAGCGAGGAAUCCGAAUCCGAACCUGAGGAGGACGAGAGUGGAGAUGGAGAUGACUAUUGGGUUGAGGGUGGUGAGAGUGAAGUGUACAAGGUGUUGUUGAAUGUGUUCGUGGAGAAGAGUGAGCUGAGGAGUUACUAUGAGGUGAAUUAUGAGAAUGGGGAGUUCUAUUGCUUGGUGUGUGGUGGGUUGGGAAAGAACAAGUGGGUGAAGGGCUGUGCUGGCCUUGUUCAGCAUUCGAUUUCGAUAUCCAACACAAAGAAGAAGCGGGUUCAUAGGGCUUUUGCGCAGGUGGUUUGUAGGGUUUUGGGUUGGGAUUUUAACCGGCUGCCCACAAUUGUGCUCAAAGGUGAAAGGCUUGGUCUUUCGUUGGAAAAGCCCGGCCAGGAACGAGGUGAAACUGAGGUAAAUGCUGGUUCCUAUGAGGGUGUUUCGGUUGUUGUUGAAGACAAUGUGGCAGCUGAAAAUGAUGCUAAUGCUGAAUACGGUGAAAAAGAGACAUUUGAUGAUCAUCAGAAUAAGGGUAAACAACUAAUGAUUUGUGAGAACUCUCUGAAAUAUGAUGAUACAAAUGAAAGCACAGAAAGGACUGAAAAGGGAAUCCCAGAAAUGGAAGCAAACAAAGAAGCAGUAGAUACUUGGAAUUCUUUCAAAGAUAAUGGUACAAAUAAAAGCUCAGAAAGCAUUGAUAAGGGAAUAUCAGAAACCGGAACAAACAAAGAAGCAGUGGAUACUUCUGAAAUUGAUCAAUCACUGGUCUCAAAGACUGAAUGGCCAUGUAAAGAGUCCAGUGUUUCCUCGUCAACAGUGUUAGGUUGGCCGACCUUUAGUUCUCACUCGUCUUCUGCAACAUGCUCCAUUCCGGUGGAAGAACAAGCAAGGUCUGCUACAUUGUUGUUACAGCAGAAGGCCUUAAAAGAAUGCCAGGAUUUCUUUGCUGGCUACAGUGGUGAAGACAUCAGCGAAGAUGAGGAUGAAGGCGAUUUGAUGGAUGAAGAUGGGUCUGACGAAAGUGAGGAAUUAAAGUUCUUUUCAAAGAUAUUUACAGAUCAUGGCGAGUUAAGGAGUUUUUAUGUCAAUAAUUACGAAGAUGGGGAAUUUUACUGCUUGGUUUGUGGUGGGGUAGGGAAGAAAGUAUGGAAGAGGUUUAAAGGUUGUGUGGCGCUUCUUCAGCACUCCACUGCAAUAUUAAAGACUAAGAAGGUGGCUCAUAGGGCUUAUGGCCAGGUUAUUUUUAAGGUCCUUGGUUUGGAUAUUGGUCAGCCUCCAACCGUUGGGUCUAAAGAUAUACCUCUUGAUGAUGGACCUUUGGCAAAGUCAGACAAUUUGCAGGGUGAACUGGAGGAAAAUGCUGAUGAUCACAAGGAUAAUGUUGUUGUUCCGAAGGAAAACUUGGACUCUGUGAGUGAUCAUAUUGGUGAAACAGUUUCAAAGCAGGAAUCUGUUGUUGUUCAGAGUACUGGAACAUCAAAGACAUGUGAGUUGCAGGGUGAAGUGGAGGAAAAUGUUGAUGAUCACAAGGAUAUUGCCGCUGUUUUGAAGAAAAACUUGGACUCUGUGAGUAAUCAUAGUGGUGAAAUAGUUUCAAAGGAGGAAUCUGAUGUUGUCCAGAGUAAUGGAGCAUCAAAGACAUGCGAGCUGCGGGAAAACUUAGACUCUAUGAGUGGUCAUAGUGGUGAAAUAGUUUCGAAGGAGGAAUCUGAUGUUGUCCAGAGUAAUGGAGAAUCAAAGACAUGCAAGCUGCAGGGUGAAUUGGAGGAAAAUGGUGAUGAUCACAAGGCUAAUGCUGUUGUUUCGAAGGAAAGUUUGGGCUCUAUGAGCGGUCAUAAUGGUGAAAUAGUUUCAACAGAGGAAUCUGAUGUUGUUCAGAGUGAUGGAACAUCAAAGACAAGUGAGUUGCAGGGUAAGACUGAGAAAAAUGCGGGUGGUCCCAACGAAGAUUUGAACGUCUUUAUGGAAAAUUUAGACCCUUUGUGA